AGGACACUGGCCAGAAGGGAGCGGUGACUGGAAUUGUCUUUGGCCGGCUGCAAACUGCCCCCACGCGGCCCGGGCCAUGCUGCAGCACAGGGUCUCACGUGCCUCUGCCUGUGCGGGGCCAGGUAGCAGCGCUCGCCUCCUGCGCGGUCACUGCGCCCGCCCACGGGGAUCUGCGGGCUGGGCCAAUCCACGGGGCUGUCCCCGGCUGCUCGGCUGUGUGCUGGCGCGCGCAGGGCGAGCUCGGGGCGAGUGGCGCAGGCGUCUUAGCCUCCCCGCGGCCAUGGAGCGGCUGAGGUUGCCCCCCUUCGGCGCCGCGGCGGUGGACGAGUACCUGGAGUACCGCAGAAUUGUUGGUGAGGACGAUGGAGGGAAACUUUUUACUCCUGAAGAAUAUGAAGAAUACAAGAAGAAAGUUUUACCUAUGCGCUUACAGAACAGGUUAUUUGUGAGCUGGCGAUCACCAACAGGAAUGGAUUGUAAACUCGUUGGCCCGGAGACACUGUGUUUUUGUACACAUAGGUAUAAGCAACAUAAAACUGACUUUGAAACAAUUCCACAGCAGCGCCCCAUUGAUCUGCCUUGCCGAGUGACUGGCUGCCAGUGCAGGGCUUACCUUUUUGUGCCUUUGAAUGGCACGCAGCCCAUUCGAUGCAGGUGCAAGCACUUUGCUGAUCAACACAGCCCUGCACCUGGUUUUACAUGCAAUGCAUGUAAGUUACACUAUUAUACAUAUUUAAUCAGGUUUAAGCAACAUAAAACUGACUUUGAAACAAUUCCACAGCAGCGCCCCAUUGAUCUGCCUUGCCAAGUGACUGGCUGCCAGUGCAGGGCUUACCUUUUUGUGCCUUUGAAUGGCACGCAGCCUUUUGUUUCAAUGUCAGUAGGUACAAGUAGUCAAGAUUCUUCCUCGAGGAGACCUGAUGAGGAUGACAUGGCUUUCUUUGAAAGACGAUAUCAGGAAAGGGUAAAAAUGGAAAAGGCAGCUAAGAUGAAAGGAAAAUCUCCGUUGCCAUCAACUACAAAACCUUCGUGAAGGCUGUUGGACAGCUUAAAACCAUCAGGCAAAUAUGUCUUUCUGCUCAUUUAAAUGUAAUAAUAGAGUUUAUCUUCUCUCAAAUUAUUUACUUUUUAAUUGUGUAAAUAUGUCUUUUUGGAUGUUUUGUUCAUUUAUUGAAAGGAGAAAUUGACUUAUAUUAUUUUGAUAAAAAUAAAUGAUUUACUACUUUGUAUAUGCUUUUUCUCUCUCUUGGGUAGGGAAAUUAGGUUAUUCUCAUAGAAGUUAAACUGAAAAUACAGUAAAUAUUUUUAGUCUAUUAUAAUUUAACUUUUCCAGCCUAUUUAACAAAUUAAAGACAUUAUCAAUGUUUGUCAACAAACAUGUCACUUUCUCAUUCAAAAUUGAAAGUUAAAAUUAUUAAUUUUUUUUUAAGUUUUGGAAGGUCUAUUUAUUUUUUAUAUAAAAAAACUGCACUUUAGAAUUAUGCAAUAAUUUUCUAGAGAUAUCCACUGAUUUUUUUACACUGGUAACUAACUCUCUGCUAUAUAAAGAAAGAGAAAGCAAGAGCACAAAGUACACAGAGGGCUGAUUCUGUAGAUGGCAAGAUCAUUAAAGGUCCAACUGCAUGUUCUGGGGCCAGGCCAGAAAGUCAUACCAGACAGGAGAGAAGCAAGGAGCAAAGUCUUAUGUAUGAGUUGACACCUUGGGUUUGUGUCAACUAAAAGGAGACUUGGGAAAUUGUAGGCACCCUCUUUCUCCACAGAAAAUCUUAACUGCGUUUUUCCAGAAAUCUUCACCAUGGCUGAUUUUAGGACUGUCAAUAAAAGAGUUCAAUGAGAUAAA